GGCGCCGCUGGGGGUGGAGCGUCGGUGCAGUUGCUAGAGCUAAAACUUGCUGUCGUCACUUCUCAUCCUUUCCUGCUAUAUUUCUAGAGUGGCUUUUAUCAUAUUCCUAUGGGCGAAGGGGCGAAAACCUCAAGAACAACAACAUGUCCGCCUCGCUGGUGAGGGCUACCAUCAGGGCGGUCAGCAAAAGGAAGCUGCAAGCGUCCCGGGCGGCGCUCACUCUGACGCCCUCUGCUGUAAGUAAAGUAAAACAACUUCUAGCAGAUAAACCAGAUCAUAUUGGCUUAAAAGUAGGAGUUCGUACAAGGGGCUGCAAUGGGUUGACUUAUUACUUAGACUAUGCAAAGUGUAAGGGUGUAUCAGAUGAAGAAGUAAUGCAAGAUGGAGUGAGAGUAUUCAUAGAGAAGAAAGCACAGCUGACUUUAUUAGGAACUGAAAUGGACUAUGUAGAAGAUAAACUCACCAGUGAGUUCAUUUUUAAUAACCCCAACAUCAAAGGAACUUGUGGCUGUGGUGAAAGCUUCAACAUUUGAUACAAAAGGCUGCAGCUUGCUUUUAAGCUACAAAUGGGUUUUCUAUCAAAAUCUUUCAUUGCAAAGCACUUUUUCUCAGGCUUUUAAAUUUUCCUAAUUUUAUUUGACCUAAAAAAAUGUUUAAUUUUGUUUUGGGAGCAAUCUUUCAUCCUUGUAUCACUGGAGUCAUUGAAACAGGACACUUACAUCCAGGCGUUUCCAAAAUGUUUUUCAUGCCAUUAUUGGUCCUUUUAAUAAAGUGUGUCUUUUGACAGUUGCAGUCAUAAA